GGGAUUUGGAGGAGCCCUGAGCAAGGAACGGAUUCUCCCGGCUGCCAUGGAGCCGUGGGUGAUGCUGGACCCACGGCAGAAGGCCCUGUACCGGGAUGUGAUGCAGGAGAGCUACGAAACGCUGAUGUCCCUUGCAGCACAGGGGCUGGUGAAUGAAAAAGCAGCCGAGGAAAGAGCGGCAGAGGAGAGCCGCGAGGAGCUCCAAGCGCGCCCGUCCCGCAGCCCGGAGAGGGAGAAGACCCUCGGCUCCAACAGGCGGAAAACGAAGCGCCCGGAUAAAGCUGUGCCGCACGGCACCGCCAAGAUGCCUAAAGCUGUGGUGGUCCCCAAACUGGACUGCGCCAAGCCCCUACGCGGGGCGGCGGGCAAGGGACCAGCACGGGAACGGCCGUUCGGCUGCGCCGACUGCGGCAAGAGCUUCCCGUGGGCUUCGCACUUGGAGCGGCACCGGCGGGUGCACACCG